GAUAUUGUCCGAAGUGGACGUGUGCUUUAGAAUAAGGCGAUAAAUUCAAGUUUAGUGAACAUGAGUGAGAUAGAUGCUGGUGGUGAAAAUGCGACUGUCUUCCAGCAGCCGUCCCGGUCGGCCACCUACAUCCCCAUAAACCCCCAACUGCUUCGGCUAGCUGCCCAGAACGAUUCCGACGGCCAAUCUUCGCGGCGCUCCUCCGGUCCACCCUCCUACACGGCUCUCUUCCCCGUGUCCAUCGACCUGUCCCCCUUUGAAGUGCUUUCCGUCACAGACGCUCCGGCCCUUCAUCACGGCCUGGAACCACUUCGAUCGAUGACCACGGUCCACCUGGUGCAGCAGUCCCAUCCGGUGCAGACCUUUUGCGGCUGUGACAUGCCCAUUCAGUUCAGCCUGACCGAUCGCCACGCCAACGAAGUGUACCGAAUCCGGGAGCAGGACAACUUUUGCAUCCGCAACUGCAUCCCCGGAGCGUUCCGGGUUCGGUCCAAGCUGUACGGCAAAAACGACGAACCGAUGCUGAACUUUGUCCGCAAGAGUCCCUUUCCGGCGCCCUUCUCGCGCGAACGGUUGACGGUCUACUUCGGCGAUGACGGCGAUGACCUGCAACGACUGGGGACGGUUCAGCAGGUUUGGACGCUGGGCAGGAACCGGUUUCGGGUGCUGGAUGCCGCUGGGACGGAGCUGGCAUGCAUCAGUGGUCCCCGGUGGAACGGAUGUGGUCGGGAUGUCAAGUUUGAGAUUGGCAGCCAGUCGGUGGAAAGUCCAGCUGAAGUGGGCAGCAUUACACGACACUGGAGCGGACUCCUGCUGGAAACGACGGAGAAUUACAGCAACUAUACGGUGCGGUUCCCGCGGGAUAUGGACGUCACGGCCAAGGCGACGCUGCUGGGAGCGGUGUAUUUGAUCCACGUUGGAUUCUUCCACAACUCCAUGAAGAAAUACGUAGUUAGAGGCUUCUGGUUCAUUUUUAUUGCAGCGAUAGUCGUAUUUUGCAUUCUAGGAUUUAUCUCUAAGAGUGAGUUAACAGAUUUUGUUUAAGUUUUGUAUAGACUUUGUCAUAUGUUUACUUUUAAUAUGAAAGAUUAUGCUGGACAUUUAAUAAAGCUCAAGGUAAGAAAA